AUGGCCUCAUCACAAAUUGACCAUCUAGUGAGCACUAUCACCAAAUCGGCUCAAGAGUUGCGCACUCUUUUGGCUCAACAUGAACUCAAGGAACCCUCAUUUUUGUCGGACUGCCCGACGUCAAUUGAUUUCCCUCCAGCAGCAGAUGAUGCUCGAAAUAAUCUACUGAAUGCAGUCUGUGAGAUUCAAGAUCUUCUUCUUGAGCCAGCAGAUCUUCUCCGAUCAUAUGCCGCGCAUGCGAAUCUCGUAUCACUGCAUUUUAUUCAGCAGUUUAACAUUGCCAAACUUGUGCCCACCUCCGGCGAGCCCGUCACCUUUGCAGGACUGGCUGAACAAUGUGGACUACCUGAAGGGGAUGUCCGGCGCCUGCUGCGCCAUGCAAUGACGAUUCGCGUAUUUGACGAGCCCAAUGAAAAUGAGGUGGUUCACACUAGAGCCAGCAUGCUUCUCCGCCAAGAAGGUAUUCAUGGUUGGAUUGGAUCAACUUGCGAAAAUAGUUGGCCUGGCGCAACUAGGGGGUUCGCUCUCGCAAACAACAACCUCACUCUCUAUAGCGCCCUUUCUCAAUCCCCCGAGAGAGCAGCUACUUUUGCCGCUAGCAAAAGGGGUUAUUCCUCCGGCUCCGGCUUCAGCCCCUCCUCUUUCCUUGAAGCGUCCCGGCCAAUCCUCCAGCCUCUCCCGUCGGGCUCCGUCUUUGUGGAUGUUGGUGGCGCGCAUGGGGCAAUUUCCUUGGCGGCGGCCGAAAUUUAUCCACAUUUGCACUAUGUCGUCCAGGAGCUGCCUGAAGUGAUUGAGAAAGCAUCACAAAAUGCAAUGAAGAAUGUAGAAUUCCAGGUUCACGAUUUCUUCGCUCUGCAGCCACUUCGUGAUGUCGCCGUGUUCUAUCUACGACAUGUACUACAUAACUGGGGUGAUGUCCAUGCGAUCAAUAUUCUGAAGUGCUUGGUACCUGGGAUGCGACAGGGCACGCGCGUGCUGAUUCAUGAUCAUGUUCUGGAUCACAAAAACAAGCCGAUGUGGAAGAGAAGACAGGAUACGGCAAUGGAUAUUAAUAUGUUGGUUUUGUUGAAUGCUCGGGAAAGGGAUGAGGCUAUGUGGCGGGCGUUGCUGCAGAGCGCAGAUCCGCGCUUCAAAUGGGUUGGAAUAGAGAGACCAGCUGGAGAUACACUGUCAGUGGUGCAGGCUAUUUGGGAUGAUUCAAAUGUCUGA